GAGAGAGAGAGAGGUUGUGAAAAGAGCGGCAGGAGGAGUGGGACUUGUUAUUAGGACACCAGCGACUCUUAAAUCCAGCCGCUCCUCUUUUUUUACGCAGGAGAUUUGAAGAAACAAACAAAAACAGGAGGAGCAGUGAUAGAGAAAAGUAUCCAUCUUUUUAAAUUCUUCUCAGCAGGCAGGACACUUUGGACACAGAGGGACCUACACCAUGAGAAAGGCUGCGGAUGUUGUGCUGUCUGCGCUGCUCAUCCUGACGCUGUCGUGCCGGUGCGUCCUCGGCGGCUACGGGAUGAGCCUGUUCGCGGCGCAGACCUCCCCGCCGGACCCUUGCUACGACGAGCACGGCAACCCGCGGCGCUGCAUCCCGGACUUCGUCAACUCCGCCUUCGGGAAGGAGGUAAAGGUGUCCAGCACCUGCGGCAAGACGCCCGGCCGCUACUGCGUGGUCACAUCCGCGGAGAAGGGAGACGAGAGGACCAGGAACUGUCACUCCUGCGACGCCUCGGACCCCAAGAAGUACCAUCCUCCGGCGUACCUGACGGACCUCAACAACCCGCACAACCUCACCUGCUGGCAGUCCGAGAACUUCAUCCAGUUUCCGCAGAACGUCACCCUCACUCUGUCCCUAGGGAAGAAGUUUGAGGUGACCUACGUGAGCCUGCAGUUCUGCUCGCCCCGACCUGAAUCCAUGGUCAUUUACAAGUCCAUGGAUUACGGUAAAACGUGGGUACCCUUCCAGUUUUACUCGACCCAGUGCAGGAAGAUGUACAACAAGCCCAACAGGGCCGUGAUCACGAAGCAGAACGAGCAGGAGGCCGUGUGCACGGACUCCCACACCGACAUGUACCCUCUGACCGGCGGGCUCAUCGCCUUCAGCACGCUGGACGGAAGACCGUCGGCGCACGACUUCGACAACUCCCCGGUGCUGCAGGACUGGGUGACGGCCACGGACAUCAAGGUCAUCUUCAGCCGGCUGCACACGUUCGGCGACGAGAACGAGGACGACUCGGAGCUGGCCCGGGACUCGUACUUCUACGCCGUGUCGGACCUGCAGGUCGGCGGGAGGUGCAAGUGCAACGGGCACGCGUCCCGGUGCGUAAAGGACAGGGACGGGAGCCUGGUGUGCGAGUGCAAGCACAACACGGCCGGGCCGGAGUGCGACAGGUGCAAACCUUUCCACUAUGACCGACCGUGGCAGAGAGCCACAGCCCGGGAGGCCAACGAGUGUGUCGCCUGCAACUGCAACCUUCACGCCCGGAGGUGUCGCUUCAACAUGGAGCUGUACAAGCUGUCGGGGAGGAAGAGUGGAGGAGUCUGCCUCAACUGUCGCCACAACACGGCCGGUCGCCACUGCCACUACUGCAAGGAGGGCUACUACAGAGAUCUGUCCAAACCCAUCUCACACAGGAAGGCCUGCAAAGCAUGUGAUUGCCAUCCCGUGGGUGCCGCUGGCAAAACCUGUAACCAAACCACAGGACAAUGUCCCUGUAAAGACGGCGUGACUGGUAUCACGUGCAACCGCUGUGCUAAAGGCUACCAGCAGAGCCGCUCGCCCAUUGCCCCCUGCAUAAAGAUUCCGGUUGCACCUCCCACGACCCCGUCCAGCAGCGUAGAGGAGCCGUCAGACUGUGACUCUUAUUGCAAGGCAUCCAAAGGCAAACUGAAAAUCAACAUGAAGAAGUACUGCAAGAAAGAUUACGCCGUCCAGGUGCACAUCCUGAAGGCAGACAAAGCCGGAGAGUGGUGGAAGUUCACCGUCAACAUCAUCUCCGUCUACAAGCAGGGCGAGAGCCGCAUCCGACGCGGGGACCAGUUCCUGUGGGUCCGUGCCAAGGACGUGGCCUGCAAGUGUCCCAAGAUCAAGCCGGGGAAGAAGUACCUGCUGCUGGGGAAUGACGAGGACUCCCCCGGCCAGAGCGGAGUGGUGGCGGACAAGGGCAGCCUGGUCAUCCAGUGGAGGGACACGUGGGCCCGCAGGCUCAGGAAGUUCCAGCAGCGGGAGAAGAAAGGCAAGUGCAAGAAGCCAUAGGUGGAAAAUGAUGGGAGAGGAAGAGAAAUUCAAGAGAAAAUCUAAGCAGGUGAUUUAAGAAUAAAAUAAAAUGAAAAGACGAAAAAGAAGAGAGACGGACAGAGGACCACGGACAGAGAAGAGACUGAUUAUGUUGCUGCUUUUUUGUGUAGAAGCAUGAAGAGAAUUAUUUAGGAUGAUUUGUCUUUUCCUAGUGAACUUUUGUUGAAGGAGCUCACCUUGCAGAUUUGGUUUUAUGGUUUAUUUUACUUUGAGAUGUGUCUCUCUUGUGGAUUUGCCGAAUUUGCACCUAUUACCAGUAUAUAAAGUUAUUUUGUGUUUGUCUUUUUAUUUUGUUAUCAGUAUGAAAUCAUUAUAUUUUAUGUUUUAAUUUUAUUUUAGACAUUUUCUGCUGGUGUAAAAAUGACACACGAAAAAAACCCCACUUAAUAACCACUGCAGAUUUGCCUCUGUGCGGUUUUCUUAUUGUAUCUUUAGCUCAGAAGCAGCUUGUUUUAUCUCAAGUCUUCACUGAGCUAAAUGAGGCAGAAAUAUUUCUCAGACCUGUGCCAUAAAGACGAUUGUAGCAGUGACAGUAGAAUCAUUUUAGCUGUUAAUUUGAUUCCCUUUGAAUUCAGGUACAUCAGCAGCUGAAGACACAAGAAAUAUUCUGUUGCUGUACGUUUUUAUUUUUCAAGAUAAUUUUGGAGGUGACAGAAAAAAACCAAGAAAAAAAACCAGUAUUGACUAAAACAUAUAUGACCUGACUGAUUUUAAAGUUAUUUCUAAUCUCUUAUCUGCCCCCUUUCAGAUGUCACUGGUUGAGUUUUAGUGGUUCAGUAUUUGUAAAACCCUGCAUGUUAACGCUUUUAAUUUGAGACUGUAACAUUCAGUUCUCUGACUGGUGCCACUGAUGUUACUUAUAAAAAAUGAUGCUCUUUUUUGGAGGACAAAAUGGAUUUAAAAUCACUGAUUUCAACUUCAUUCCUUACAAUAACUAUGGUCUUUUUGUUUUUUAAUUUCACAAUUUACGGAAAACGAUGAUCAUCACAAAAAUACUAUGAAAACAUUGCAAAAGGAU